ACUCUAUAUAUACGAGUAUACAACGGUUUCUCAAUGUUCACCAGCGCGUCAUUUCACGCGCCAACUCCGACCGUUCUCUUUAAUCCCUUCAGCCAAUCGCUGCCGUCAUCCCCGUCGCUGUUAUCAAAUCUCAACCGCAGUAUUCGCUUACCAAUGGCUGCCUCCAUCCGGAUUGUUCUCGUCGGAGAUAUUCAUGAUGACUGGAAUUUACUCGAAGAUUCUAAAGCUCUUGAGUUUUUGAAGCCAGAUUUGGUGCUCUUUACAGGUGAUUUUGGUAACGAAAAUGUUAAGCUAGUUAGAAGUAUUGCGGCACUUAAAAUGACUAAAGCAGCUAUUCUAGGGAACCAUGAUGCGUGGAAUACUCAAAAGUUCACUGAUAAGCCAAAAGAUAAAGAUGGUGUCCAACUUCAGCUGGAAAGCUUUGGGGAAGAACAUGUUGGUUACAAACGUCUGGACUUCCAUUCAUUGAAGCUGAGUGUUAUUGGAGGACGGCCCUUUUCUUGUGGAGGCGAGAAGCUCUUUAGAAAAAACCUUCUGGCCAAAAGAUACGGAGUUCACAACAUGAAUCAGAGUGCAAAGAGAAUCUCUGAUUCUGCUACUGGGACACCAAAGAAUCAUUCUAUUAUCCUUCUUGCUCACAACGGACCCACAGGUCUUGGUUCUAACUUGAAUGACAUUUGUGGAAAAGAUUGGGUGCGUGAAGGUGGAGACCAUGGUGAUCCAGAUUUAGAACUUGCUAUUUCUCAACUUAAAGGCAACCCCGAAUAUUCUGUUCCCCUGGUUGUUUUUGGUCACAUGCAUAAAGAGCUGACGUUUGGAAAUGGUCCACGUAAAAUGAUUGUGCUUGGAGAUGACAACACCACAUACCUAAACGGGGCCAUAGUUCCUCGGGUCAAAAGAUUCCGUGACAAACAACAAACUCAUACCAGCAGCAGCUCAACUACUUCGACACCAUACUCAGAAGGUACAUUGCGAGCCUUUACUUUAAUAGAGUCGAAGGACGGGAAAUUACAGAAAAUCACAGAAACUUGGGUUUCAGUUAUUGGAGAUAACACCGCUCUUGUGGAGGAAAACAUAUUAUUCAGUAAUAAUGUAUGCAGUAUUUCUAACCUAUAAGAAACUCUUCCUUACAAGUGCACAUACAUAUGUAAAUGAAAUUGACACAAUUUUUCUUUGGCUACCAUACUUGUCUUCUGCGAAGGUUGAAAUGGGGUGUUAUGACUUUUUGUUCGAAAAACCAAUCUUUAUAUAUUUAUCGUUUCUAUA